CCGAAAACACGACCACGCCGGUAUAUUAGCAGAGGAGCGACCGACAGUCUCCACAGUCGCCAGACAGAAGCCAUCCGAAACGACACCAUGAAGAGAACUCUAGCUAUUGUGUUGUUGUGCGCCUGCCUUCUGAUGGCCGUGAGCGCGCAGCAGCAGGAGGAGGAGGAGCAGGACACCCUGGCCGAGCCCUACAAGUGCCCGGACGUGUGCGCCGCCCUGUUCGACCCCGUGUGCGCCCAGCUGGGCCGCAGGUACCGGACCUUCGGCAACAAGUGCGAGCUGCGGCGGUACAACUGCAAGAACCAGACGAGAUGGAGGAUUGUGAGGGAAGGUGCUUGCCCUACCUACUGAUCACUACACGCCGCUCGUUGAAACCUCCCAGGGAAGCACACCGGCCAAAAAGAAAACACAAAAAACAACAACAAAAAAACCAAGACCCGAUCCGUUUUGGACUGCAACUUACGCCGACUUUAACUUUGUGCCACACAAUUUCAUCAAUGAAUAAAUUUUAGAAAUCAACUCA